CUGGGGCUGGAGCUGGAGCCCGAGGCCAUCCUGACCUUUGCCCCUGCUCCCCCCAGGUGCCAGGAUGUCGGACAGGACCCAGGCGCAGGGCGCUGAGCACGGUGGCACCCCCAGAGCCGAGGGCCAGGCCAGCGCUGGGGCAGCCCUGGACCGUGGCCCCGAGCCGGAGGGGUCAGACGAGGCCGGGGCACGCUACUUGUGCACGGUGUGCAACCGGGCCUUCUCGCAGAGCUCCACGCUGAUCGUGCACCGGCGCUCGCACUCGGGGGAGCGCCCCUACGCCUGCGAGGACUGCGUGCGGCGGCCCCGCACCCCCCCCGGCGAGCGGCCCUACCGCUGCCCCGACUGCCCCAAGGCCUUCGCCCAGAGCUCCCACCUGGCCACUCACCGGCGCAGCCACACGGGCGAGCGGCCCUACCGCUGCCCCGACUGCCCCAAGGCCUUCGCCCAGAGCUCCCACCUGGCCACUCACCGGCGCAGCCACACGGGCGAGCGGCCCUACCGCUGCCCCGACUGCCCCAAGGCCUUCGCCCAGAGCUCCCACCUGGCCACUCACCGGCGCAGCCACACGGGCGAGCGGCCCUACCGCUGCCCCGACUGCCCCAAGGCCUUCGCCCAGAGCUCGGCGCUCACCGUGCACCGCCGCACGCACACCGGCGAGCAGCCCUACGUCUGCGCCCAGUGCGGCAAGUGCUUCCACCGCAGCUCCAACCUCAUCCGCCACCAGCGCACCCACACAGCCGAGCGUCCCUUCCGGUGCCCGCAGUGUGGCCGCGGCUUCCAUCGUCGCUCCAACAUGGUGGUGCACCAGCGUGUCCACGCUGGCGGCCAGGGGCUCCAGGCUGGCGAGGACCCGGCCCGCUGGGUGCCCGGCUGCAGAGGUGCAGACGCUGUAGCCCUACGUACCCCCGUGCCGGCGGAGACGGAGACUUGGGAUUCUCCGUGCCGUGUUGCGGGGACAGAGGACCCUGUAGCCCCCUUGGCCGUGCGAGGAGCCCUAUGAGACGGGGGACUGUAACAUCCUCACCAAUCUCAUCCUCUCUCCAGCCCCGCAGCCGUGCCCUGCUCCACGUGCACCGGGCAUCGGUGUCUCUGACAGCCUGGCCAGCCUGAGGGCAGGGGAGCCUUCCCCACGGCAAGGGACUGGAAGAACUUGCCCCACCAAGCUCCUCAAAGGGAAGUGAAGCAGGGACUCCCAAGUGCCCAUGAGUGGAAACAGCCACCCUUAGACAGAUCCAGAGGUUGGGUGAUGAUGCUGGAGGGAUUCCAGCUGCAAGUAAGGGGUCGCAAAGUAAUCACAGGAGCGAGUCAUCCAGGGGAAGGUAACCACAGUUUUCCAGGGGAGGCGGUGCCCGCUACGUCCAGAGAUGCUCUGAUGGCUUGGACACGAGCCGCAGGGUGCAACCUCAGGCCCGAUGGUUAGAGCAUGCUCGUAAUCCAUGAACAGCACCUGGGCAGAUCCUCCGCUCAGUGCCUGGAUCACGCAAGAGCUGGUCGCGCUCCGGCUCCCGACCAGGGGACUUUUGCUCUGCUCACUCGCGGCUCUGCCGUCGGUCCCCCAGCACCAGAGACGCAGCGUGGGCUGGGGCUCCGGGUCUGGAAGAGAGGGGUCGGUGCUCGGGGAAGUGCAGAUGUGGGGCGCGAGGUUGUGCCUGGGGACAAGAUGGUGUGCGAUGUGGGAGAUGCUUACCUUUUGUAAUAAAACCGUUGUGCUGUUUUGCGAGACCAAUGAGGAAGAGCUGCGGGUUUU